AUGGCGAGUCCCGAUUUCGACCGAGAAGAGUUUGCGCCCUUCACCGUCAACGGGGAAACCUAUCAAACCUGGUACAGAGUAUUCGGGGAGAUAACAGCUGGUUGCCGCCCGCCGCUCAUCGUUAUACACGGCGGCCCCGGUCUCUCUCAUGACUAUCUCCUCCCUCUGUCCGACCUUGCUGCUACCGCACAGGUUCCCGUGGUCUUCUAUGAUCAACUGGGUAAUGGUCGUUCGGCCCGUCUCCCGGAUAAGCCCCACACGUUCUGGAGCAUGCACCUAUUCAUGGACGAGCUCGACAACCUCAUCGCACACCUGGGGAUCGGUGAGGCCUUUGACAUCCUGGGCCAGUCAUACGGCGGUAUGCUAGGCGCCCAAUACGUCGUCGAGCGUCAGCCGGAAGGCCUACGGCAUCUCAUCCUAAGCAAUUCCUUCGCAUCAAUGGACCUAUGGAAUCAGUCCCUCGCCCAGCUGGCACAGGCGUUUCCGCAAGACGUACAGGAGGGUUUAAGACUGGGCAUCAGCGACGUCCAGAAGUACGAGUACGGGCUCAUGAAAUUUUACGAAGUGCAUGGAUGCACUAUCCAACCAUUCCCAGCUGACUUCUCCCGGACGUUCGAGUACGCCUUCGGAGACAAGCGUGAUCUCACCGUCGCUGCCGCCAUGUUUCCCUACCUGCAGGGUUGGACCAUCAUCGAUCGACUCCACCUCAUCAAGGUGCCAACCUUCGUUGUCAAUGGGAGGGCCGACUUCGCGCAAGAUUUCGCGGCGCAGCCGUUCUUCGACCGCAUCCCCAAGGUGAAGUGGCUGACGUUCGAGAAUUCGAGUCAUAUGCCGUUCUGGGAGGAGCGCGACAGAUACAUGCAGGAAGUGAAGAACUUCUUAGAGUUGACGGGUCCCUGA